AUGCAGUGCCUCUUCCUGGCGGAGCGCGUCUCCGCGGAGGGGUACGUGGUGCUUCUCGCCGAGACGUUCCGCCCCGCGUUUCACGCGGUCCGAUCGUUUCUCACGACCAUUGCGGAGCCGACCUCGCGGCCCGCGCUGAUGCACGAGUACCGCAUGACACCCUUCUCGUUGGGAACGGCCGUCUCCGCCAGCGUCGCAGCGUCGGAGGUGGUGAACUUUUUGGACACCUACGUCUACGGCUUCUGCGACGAAGGGGGUGACUCGCGGCGGGCUCGCGUUUGCGGCUUCGUGGAGAUGUGUAUGAGCCGGUACAAUUUGGCUCGCAUUGUGAUUGACGACGCGCGCACAUUUGUGGAGUGCGAAAACGUUGAAACGGCGGAGGCGCUUCUCGCCGAUCCGGUGGUGCGGUCGCUGUGCGCCGAACCGCCCAAGCUUGUGCCUGCCGCCGCACGCUCUCUUCUCAUGCUGAGGAGUCGCGCCGUCGCACGGCUGGUGGCGGAGCGUUGCGUUUUUCUUGGAUUUCCGCUGCAGCAGCAGUACGACUACGAGGCGGACGACGGCAUUCGCAACAUCCACGUCGUGCUGAAGACGCAGGCGAAACCGCGGCCGUACCAAGUUGACGCCGUCAACGCCGCGGCGACGGAGGGUUCACUGCGAAGCGGCUGCAUUGUGCUGCCGUGCGGCGCGGGCAAGACGCUUGUGGGAAUUAUGCUUUUGUGCAAGGUGAGGAAGCCGACCCUCAUCCUCUGCGCGGGAAGCGUGAGCGUUGAACAGUGGAGGAAUCAGAUUUUAGAAUUUGCCAGCAUCUGCGCCCCUGGCACCGGCGAUGAAAUGACUGCCGCUGAAAGGCAUCGGUCGACGUUGGAGGGAGCCGCACGCAUUGCCUGUUUGACUGGAAAACAAAAGGACCCGAUCACAGAAGACACCGACAUUGUGCUCACGACGUACAGCAUGCUGGUGACGGCACACCGGGCGCAGAUGCGGCAGCAUGCGGGACGCGCAAUUGGGUCUACAGAUGCCCGACCGCAGAAGAGACGACGCCCCAAUCCAAAGGAGAAGCUCUUUCAGCCCUAUGGUCUCCUCAUUAUGGAUGAGGUCCACGUCAUGCCGGCGGAGGCGUACAAGGAGAGCUUGGGCCUUGUCGAUGCCAAGGGUGUGGUGGGGCUAACCGCCACCUAUGUCCGCGAGGACGCGAAAAUCCGGGACCUGUUUCACCUUGUCGGACCGAAGCUUUACGACGUGUCGUGGGAGACGCUGGCGUCAAGCGGCUAUCUGGCGAAUGUCACCUGCAUCGAGGUGUUGGCGCCGCUUACAAAGCAGUUUAGUCUUGAGUAUAUGCAGCGCAGCGGCGAGGACCGCGCACUGCAGCAGCGGAAAAUGCCGCUACUUGUCAUGCUGGCCGCCGCAAACCCGAACAAGAUGCUCUGUGUUGCCGAACUUGUGCGCAGGCACGUCGCGGAAUCGUCAAAGAUACUCGUGUUUUGCGACCAUCUUCUGCUGCUUAAGGAGUACGGGAGUCUUCUUCGUGCCCCUGUUAUAUGUGGGGAAACGCCGCAUCGUGAACGAUUAAUGAUUUUUUCUGAUUUUCAGAGCACCUCGAAGUUAAACGUCAUCUGCUUGUCGCGCGUGGGUGACGUCAGUGUCAACCUCCCGAGCGCCAACGUGGUGAUACAAGUCUCCAGUCACGGUGGAAGCCGACGACAGGAGGCGCAGCGCCUCGGGAGGAUUUUGCGCCCCAAGGCGAGGGCCAGUAACGGCAAGGUGGUGGACGCGUGGUUCUACACCAUCAUUAGCACAGACACGCUGGAGAUGGCCUACGCGGCACACCGCACAGCGUUUCUUGUGGAUCAGGGAUACACGUGCCGCAUCAUGGAAUUUCGGCCGGACGACCUUUCGAAAAAAGAGCCGGACACCGUCACUGUCAUCACGGAGCCGGGCGACGUUGUGAGCAUGAAGCAGGAGAAGCUGCGAAGCGCCUUGCGGGAGAAGGAACUCCGCUGUGAGUCCUUGACGGCGCCACAGGGCUCCGUGGACGCCCGAAGUCUGGACUACCAGCUGAAUCUCUUGGCCCGGGUUGUUUCCAGCCGUGAGUUCGACUACCACAGCCACACGCUGCAGCAACCGGCGCCAGGACCCGACGGUCACUGGCAGGGCGACGACCACGACGACAAUGACGAUGGGGACGAUGUUGUGGAGGUCGCACCGGAAAGCGAUUUAGCCGCAAUCAAGCGGGAGUGGGCGGUGGGAAGUGGCAUUGAUCACCUUCGCUUGAGCCACAACUGUACCUCUUUGCAAAGCCUGAUCAGCAUUGAUGAAAAUUUCGUGUACCACGAGCUCUAG